AUGGUUGUAACAGAGGCCGUUAUCAUCGCGAGUCUCAACUGGAUAGCAAUCACCACUGGAUUGUUGUUUGGCCAAGUAGCUGGUGUCGUCAACUCACUCCAGAAGCGGGAAGAGGAUAUACACCUCAGCGAAAGCCAAAUCUCUGUGAUCGCAUCCUCGAUGACUUUAGUAUGUUCCAUUGGAUUCAUGGCAGCGGCGACAGCCUCUGACAAGAUCGGGAGGAGGUGGCCCUACAUCUUCUUCUCUUCCACAAUGACCAUAAACUGGAUCAUAUUAUACUACGCAAGAGAAAUGUAUCAAUUCAUGCUAUCCAGAUUUUUCGGAGGAGUUUCUGUUGGUGCAUUACUAACUUUGAACUUGUUCGUGAUAUCAGAGUUCACCUCUCCUGAUACCAGGCCGUUCUUCCUUAACAUUGUGGCUAUAAUAUCCCCCGCAAUCGGCACUGGCAUGGGUCACAUUCUAGGUAUUCUGAUGCAUUGGAGAAAUGUUGCUUUGGUGGGUUUAGGUACGGCUGUUUUGGGCGCGAUCCUCCCGUUUUUCUGGGUGGAAAGCCCUCAUUGGCUAGCGUCCAAGGGUAGGUUCGAGGAAUGCCAAACAGCGUUUCGGAUAUUACACGGAGAAACUCAAAACUCUGAAAGAGAGUUACAACUGCUGAUCAAAAUGGAGAAGAGCAAAUUGGAAGUGGCGAAACAAACGAAUUGCAAGCCAACUUUAAAAAGAUUAGCCGUUGUAUUAAAGAAGAAGUAUUUCUGGGAUAGUAUUCUUUUGAGUUUAUUUAUGGAUAUAUAUUUAGUCGCCUCAGGAAAAGUGCCGUUUAGUUUGUUGGGUUCUGUUAUAAUCGAAGAUAUAACGGGCUCGUCUGAUGUUUUUGCUUUCACCACAUUGGUUGAUGGGUUAUUGCUUCUCGGGCCGUGUUUAUCAUGUUUCUUUAUUAAGAGAACUUCCAUACGUACAAUGUUGUUUACGACUGGCUUCACAGCGAACGCUAUAUUGAUAGUCUUCAGUGCAUGCUUAUAUUUCAGUAAUGACCAAAGUUACUUUAACUGGAUCAACAUCGGUUUGCUGGGGUUGUAUUUCAUUAUUAUGAAUGCCGGACCAUUUCCACUAUUGGAGGCCAUCUACAGCGAAAUGUUUCCUUUGGAACUUAAAUUAUACAUCUUUACUAUAUCCGGUGGUAUAUUAAUGUUCGGUUUCAGUUUGUCAGUAUUUCUGUUGCCAUAUAUGGUAAGGGGUAUAGGCUAUCAUGGGAUGUUUAUCGUAAACGCGCUACUCAUGACCAUAAGCCUCGGGUAUAUAUGGUGGAAGUUGCCAGAAACAAAGGGGAAAUCUCUGCAAGAGAUCGAGAUGUAUUUCAAGACGAAGAAUUUUGAUGUCGAGGAAGUAUUAGGUAAUGAGCAAUUGAAAGCUUUAAUAUAG